AUGAGAAGAAGACGCAGCAAAAGGACCAAGACCGUGAACAAGAUCAAUUCACAAGCGUCGGAAGAUGAAAACAGCUUUGUCCAAAUCCCUCUUGACUUAGUGAUCGAGAUCGUUGGGAGAUUGCCGUCGAAAUCCGUAGCGAGGUUUCUAGUAGUAUCCAAGUCAUGGGAAACGUUCAUCCGAAGUCGAGCUUUCAUCACAUCUUUUCCGUUUGGAUCUUCUUCGUCGUCGCAGCCUCGUCUCCUAAUCACUUUCAGUAAUUCAGAUUACAGAGAAAGACGCCAGUAUUUGGACUUCUUCUCCUCGUCUUCUUCUUCUUCUUCUUCAGCAACGUCAUUGUUAUCGCGUUUUACAUGUCCGUUCGCAGCUCCUGAGCACAAAGAGCACUUCCCGCAGUUUGUGAAUGGCUUAAUAAGCCUUGGAUUUGGCGAAGAACAAAUCAUAUAUAAUCCCACUACUGGUAAGUCCAUUACUCUACCUACAGUCGUAACGAGGAGAAAGAUCGUCAAAAGUUAUUUAGGGUUUGAUCCGGUCAAUGAUCAAUACAAAGUGUUGUGUUUGACGGAAAGACCUCAUGAUAAUAAUCAUCGAAAGUUUCAGUUAUCUCACGAUAGAGUAUUCACAUUUGGAGAAAGAGAAUCAUGGAGAGUGGUGGAUUGUAGCAUUCCUCACCGUCCUUGGUCUAACGGUUUGUGCAUAGAUGGUGUUUUGUAUUAUCUUGCUUUCACGGGGAAAGUAAUGUUGCAACGGAGCGUAAUGAGAUUCGAUGUGAGGUCUGAAAAGUUGGAUCUCUUAACUGAUUUACCCGCAGAUCUUAUAGUUCCAUAUGGGUAUACAUUGAUAAAGUAUGAGGGGAAAGUAGCCAUAGCGGUAAAAGCUUCAGUAUACACGUUUAAUGUGUGGGUUAUGGAGGAACAUGGAUGGUUGGAGACAAGUUUCAGCGUCGAACCUUAUUGUAAGAGUUCACAAAUAAACGAUUUGCAGAUAACAGGCACUACUCAUACGGAAGACGAGCCUCCUACAACCGCUCCUCCUCCUAAUGAACCAUCUGAUGUCAAUGGUGAAGAAGCUCAAGUUGAGCCGAAAUUGUUGAAAAACAGAUAA